GGAAGUGCCCCGGUGGGGCGCUGACGCGUCCAUCAUGGCGGCCGCAGCCGCUUCCCCGGCUCCGAAGAGGCUGGACCUCCGCGACCCCGCGGCGCUCUUCGAGACCCACGGCGCGGAAGAGAUCCGCGGGCUGGAGCGCCAGGUGCGCGCCGAGAUCGAGCACAAGAAGGAGGAGCUGCGGCAGAUGGUGGGCGAGCGGUACCGCGACCUGAUCGAGGCGGCCGACACCAUCGGCCAGAUGCGCCGCUGCGCCGCGGGGCUGGUGGACGCCGUGAGGGCCACCGACCAGUACUGCGCCCGUCUCCGCCAGGCCGGCUCGGCUGCGUCCCGGCCGCCGCGGGACCCGCAGCCCCAGCAGCCGUCCCAGGAGAAGUUCUACAGCAUGGCUGCCCAGAUCAAGCUUCUCCUGGAAAUCCCUGAGAAGAUCUGGAGCUCCAUGGAGGCCUCGAGGUAUCUCCACGCCACCCAGCUCUACCUGCUUUGCUGCUACCUCCACAAGCUGCUGCAGCUGGAGUCUUCCAGUUCCCGACACAGCCCCGUCCUCUCCCGGUUCCCCAUACUCAUCCGGCAGGUGGCGGCUGCCAGCCACUUCCGGGCGACCAUCCUGCACGAAAGCAAGAUGCUGCUCAAAUGCCAAGCCGUGUCUGACCAGGCUGUGGCUGAGGCCUUGUGCUCUGUCAUGCUCUUGGAAGAGAGUUCUCCGCGCCAAGCCCUAACAGACUUCCUGUUGGCCAGAAAGGCAGCGAUCCAGAAACUUCUCAACCAGCCUCACCACGGUGCCGGUAUCAAGGCUCAGAUUUGCUCGCUGGUGGAGUUGCUAGCCACCACUCUGAACCAAGCGCACGCUCUCUUCUACACUCUACCAGAGGGUGUGCUGCCAGACCCCUCCUUGCCAUGUGGCCUGCUCUUCUCUACGCUGGACAGCAUCACCGGCCAGCAUCCUAGCGGAAAAGGCGUCGGUGUCCUGCAGGACGAGAUGAAGCUGUGCAGCUGGUUCAAACACCUGCCCACGUCCGUCGUUGAGUUCCAGCCGGCUCUCCGGACGCUGGCGCAUCACAUCAGCCAGGAGUACCUGAAAGACACGCUGCAGAAGUGGAUCCACGUGUGUAAUGAAGACAUCAGACACGGGAUCGGCGGCCUGCUGAUGUACGUGACGAGCACGAAGGGGCUGGCGGGCAUCCGGGACGCCGUGUGGGGCUUGCUUGCCAACGAGUUAACCCACUGCAGCUGGGAUGUGGUCUGCCGGCGGCUCCUGGACAAGCCGCUCCUGUUCUGGGAGGACCUGAUGCAGCAGCUAUUCCUUGACCGGCUGCAGACUCUGACCAAAGAAGGCUUUGACUCCAUCUCCAGUAGUUCCAAAGAACUCCUCGUUUCAGCCUUGCAGGAACUUGAAAGCAGCAGCUCGGCUUCAAGCAAGCACAUCCACUUUGAGCACAACAUGGCUGUCUUCCUAUGGUCCGAGAGCCCCAGCGACCUGCCCUCUGACGCCGCCUGGGUCAGCGUGUCCAGCCGGGCUCCGUUUCCAGGCAGCGGGCUCUCCAUGAAGGCACAAGCCGUUAGCCCUUGCGUGCAGAGCUUCUGCUCGGCCCUGGAUUCUAAACUGAAGGUGAAACUGGAGGACCUCCUGGCCUACCUCCCCUCUGGUGACCCAUCGCCCCACCAGGAUGCCCCCCCAACGGCAGCCGAGAGCUGCGCCUUCGACAGAUUCGCAGACGCAGAGACUGUGCAGGAGACGCUGCGGACGCACUCCGCGGCCUGCAUCCAGGACAUCACGGACUGCAUCCAGGCGGAGCUGCAGAGCAUCGAACAGGCCAUCCAAGGGCAGCAGGAUGUCCUUGACGGGGCCAAGCUGCACUCCGCCCUCUUCAUGGCCCGACUCUGCCAGUCCCUGGGGGAGCUGUGUCCCCACCUGAAGCAGUGCAUCCUGGGAAGAUCGGGGAGCCCCGAGAGGCCCACCCGGGACUCACGGGCUCUGAAGAAACAGGGGAAGGGGAAGGCGCAGGAGGUCCUCCCCACACAGGCCCGGUGGCAGGACAUGAAGGAGCUCCUCCUACAGCGGAGCGUGACGGGCUACCGGGUGUGGGGCUCGGCGGUCGUGAGGGUUCUGGUUCAUGGAUUCGCCCAGUCAUUACUCGUAGACGAUGCUGGCUCCGUCCUGGCCACGGCCACCAGCUGGGAUGAACUGGAAAUCCAGGAGGAAGCAGAGUCUGGCAGCAGCGUCAUGUCCAAGAUCCGACUCCCUGUUCAGCCGUCCUGGUAUGUACAGUCCUUCCUGUUUAGCUUGUGCCAGGAAAUUAACCGGGUCGGAGGCCAUGCCUUGCCAAAGGUGACACUGCAGGAGAUGCUGAAAAGCUGCCUGGUUCAAGUAGUUGCCGCCUAUGAGAAACUCUCAGAAGAAAAACAGGUGAAGAAAGAAGGUGCCUUUCCAAUGACCCAGAAUCGGGCACUGCAGCUGCUUUACGAUCUGCGUUACCUCAGUGUCGUCCUGACAGCCAAGGGUGAAGAGAUGAAAAGCGGCCGCUGCAGACAGGACUCCAGAGUCGAGAAAGUGGCCGACUACCUGGAGACGCUCAUCGACCCAUUUGACCUGGACGUUUUCACCCCCCACCUGCACAGCAACCUCAACCGCCUGGUGCAGCGGACCUCCGUUCUCUUUGGACUGGUGACUGGUUCGGAGAACCAGUUCACCCCCAGGAGCAGUACGUUCAACUCCCAAGAAGCCCACAACAUCCUGCCGCUGGCAUCCAGCCAGAUCAGGUUUGGGCUUCUUCCACUGAGCAUGACAAGCACACGAAAGGCCAAGUCAGUGGGCAGAAGCAUGGAGACCGCAGCCCAGCGGCAGGCGACGCCCCCGGCGCUCUCCCGAGCAGGCGACCCCAGGCAGGCCGGCUCCCUGUUCAGGCAGCUGGUCGCUGACGAGGAGGACUCGGCCACACCCUCGCUGUUCAAACUCGGGUGGCUCUCCAGCAUGACCAAGUGACGAGGACGCUCUCUAAAUAAACACUCCUGUCUUGUUUCUCCUAGAAGUGACUCUGCUCCUUUGUUUCUGAGCCACACCAGCCUCUGCGGUGGCCUUGGUGGCACGCAGCCCCCUCAUUCCUGUUGGGCGCAGGGAUGACUCUGAGCAUAAAGCAAGUAAGUCCUUGUCCCAGAGUUCACAGCACGUGUGACUUCAGACCUCAGUUCCUAGAGCUCACACUGCGUCAGCCUUCACUAGCACCUUCUCACACGGCAAGGCGGAACCAGCGGGGUGCUCACACCAGCUGCCGGGGGACAGGUGGUGCCUGAGACCGGAAGUCACGUCCAUGUUCCGUGACUGUCCGAGCCGGGCAGUGUUGCCUAAGUCUGAGACAGCAGCUCUGGAGGAAUGACAGUUAACAAGCUAUCCGGGGUCCAUGAAUCAGAAAGCCCUUCUCUCUGGAAAUACAAAUAUAGAGCAGAGAGAAGACAGUCAGGGGGCCGGAGCUGACUCACUCACACAGUCUAUCCGGGGUCUGACUGUCCCCAUCAGAGAAGACAGCACGUUCAACAGGACGUCCACGUUCUAAGAGGUAGCAUGGCAGUUCACUUCAGUGCAAGGCUGGUCCAGCUUUCUAUGUUCUGGAAAAAAAUCUUGGUUUUUUUUUCAUGGAAAGUAGAUCCUCUUUACUAGUUUAUUUAAAAAAUUGAAGAUCCUGCAGUUUUAAAAGGCCUUUUUACAUAAAGUAGAAUUUCUAACUAACAGACCUGGAAAGCAGUCUAAACUGGACAAACUAUGGGUUCAACACACAGAUGAUGUGUCCUCCUAUGGUUCCCUUGAUACCCACCCUUAAAAGAAUCCUAUAAAAAACUGCUUCAAAGCCCCUUGGAAAUCGCAAUAGUGCAGCAAAACCACAAGUAAACAACAGCCUGUUAACCUGUUAUCUCAAAUAUAGAUUGAAAAGCCAA